AUGGAGACUACUGCAAUGCGCACGCUUGAUUUGCCCUUCACCGACUCAGAAAGGAACCUCCACUACCGCUUCUCGAGGCCAGACGACCAACCUAUCUUGUCUACUAUUGACAGCUCUUUCAACACAGACCGCAUCUUCCAAGUGAAGUUCGAUAGUCCUUGUCCGAUUUCAGCGAUGAUGGGUCUUGGAGUCCAGUUAGAGUCGAUCCAGUUAGAUCGUCCUCUACACAAGUCUUUUCCAGACGAGGAAGACUCGGACGAAGAUGACGAUGAUGCACAGGAUAACUUUACAAUUAUCGUCGAAGAUAUCCACAGUUCAAGUGGCGAGGCCUCGAGUAAAGUCGCUGGCUUCAUAUCUGCCAAGUUUUCCUCCUGGAACUCUCGUCUGAUAGUCACGGAUAUCGAGAUCGAACCAGCGUACCGUCGUCGAGGGAUUGGACCUACGCUUGUGCAGUUUGCAGAGAGUAUUGGCGUUGCUAGGUACUUGGUCCGUCACGUAUGGCUAGAGGUGUCUAAUGUCAACUAUCCUGCUAUCCAGAGUUAUCUCAAGAUGGGAUUCAAGGUAGCUGGGUUAGAUGUCUCCAUGUAUGUUGGUACCGAAUCGGAAGGAGAAUUUCCGAUCUUUAUGUGGAAAAAAUUGGAUGAAGUAUCGAGAAGUGGUUUACGGCAAUGA